GUCAUAUUUAUGCGGAAGAGCUGUAGAUAUAAAUGUGAGCGUACAGCGUGGUUUUGAAAUAUAACUGUUUCUCCAUUCAGGAUUUGAAAAGCUAUCAAACAUGUCUACAGCCAAGCACAGGAUGCGCGAUAAGAAGAUGAGGAACCAGCCGAUCAACGUCACCUAUUCCUCCCAGGGCAGCUCCCACUGGAGGAACGGAGGGGACACCCCUACAGGUCGAGGCUAUGAUCUGUCUCCACAUCCAAGGGGCCAGGGGUCCUCUCACUCAGGCCAUGCCCAGAGAGGGGGCUGGGUCCGGGGCCACCAGAGAGAAGGACAUGGGGGCUACCCGCAGGCUCUGCCCACACACAUUACUGCCUCGGCGUUUGCCAAGGCCCGGGCAGCAGAGGUGAACGCCAUGUUGACGGCCGUCACCAAGACAACAGGCAGCUCCCAUGUGUUUGGAGCGCUUCCUAAACACAUGAGGAGGAGGGCCAUGAGUCAUAACACCAAGAGACUGCCCUGCAGGCUGAGAGACACGGCCAACAACAUGUUGGAGAAGAGUCAGAAGGCUGGCCAGAAGGUGAAGAAGGAACAGUCCAAGAGCAAGAGCCGUAAAGCCCGGCGUCGCCACGGCAACAUGCUUCUGGAGUUCAACCGUCGCCAGCGGAAGAACCUGUGGCUGGAGACGCACAUCUGGCACGCCAAGCGCUUCCACAUGGUCAGGAGAUGGGGCUACUGUCUGGGAGACAGGCCAACCUACAAGUGUUACAGAGCCUGCUACAGAGCCAUGAGUUCCCACUGUCUAAUACAGGAUAUGUCGUACUACUGCUGUGUGGAGUUACAGGGACCAGAGGAACAGCUGUUAGCUACCCUGUCUAAGCUGACCAGUAAGGAAGCUGGGCCUACGUUUGCAGCAGCCAUGUGUGUGUCAGGCAGGAGACAGGGCAGUGUGGUGGUGUACAGAGCAGGACUGUACCCUCUCCAGCCCCUGGGGCCUGUCACAUUCCUCUGGAGGCCCAGAACACAGGGCCGGGGGGGCCAGGAGGACCAGGGCCGGGGGGGCCAGGAGGACCAGGGCCGGGGGGGCCAGGAGGACCGGGGGGACCAGGGGGGCCAGGGAUCAACACACAGACAGCUGUGGAUCUGGGCCCACCCCACCAUGAAAACGGACCUCCUCCCAGAGCUGCAGGCUGUCUGUCAGUGUUCUGAGGCUGUACUUCCACCUGCUCCAGUGGAGCUCCCUGUCCCACAGCCAGCCCCUACCCCCACCUUGGCCCCUGGUCCUGGGGCUUGUCCUGAGGCGGUGCAGGCCUCUGCUUCUGGUUCUAAGAGGAAGUGGUCCUCCAGGGAGCCUGAGGCUGCAGGACCACCAGCCAAGAAGCUCGUGGGAUACAGUACCAUUUCUGCUACCACACCCGUCACCUGGAGGUCCAGUACCACUGGUAUAGUCAUCAGUGACCUCACCAUGGAGAUGGUGCGCUAUCGUCUGAUUGGACCUCUAUCACAUUCCGUUCUGACUGAAACCCUGGACCCUGCCACACACUGUGAUGCUACAGGUAAAUCCAGACCAUCUCCCUUCUGGUGGCCAGAUCACUGCAGAGACGACUGUAACAUGUCUCUUCAUCAACAACAAGCUGGUGUCUUCAACAUGCUCAAAGGUGUGUACUCCACAGCGGAGGUCCCCGCCGGCUCAGUUCUGGGUCUGACGGUGGAUGACCCCAGAUUGACCUUACCAAACAAGAGAGGCAAGGCCGUGUCCGACUUCAGGAAGGCACAAGGAGUGAACGAGAAGAGGAGGAGGGAACUGAUGUUAAAGGGGAUCCCUGAACCCCUCAGCCAGAGUUCCCUGUGGGACCGGUCUGUCCGCGACAACGUCACACACAACAAGAUGACAGACCAGGAAGUAAACAGACUGCGUAAUGAUGUUCUGGUCCCAGGCUCCAGACUACCCACCCCCCUGCAGGGCAGAGUACCCGUCCUACUGGUGCAGCAGUCUGGGAAGAGCCAGGGCACAGAGAUGGGGUCCUGGGGGACGGGCUGGGACCUGCUGCUACCCAAGGCCUGGGGCAUGGCCUUCUGGGUCCCUCUGGUUUAUAGAGGAGUACGUAUCGGAGGGCUGAGGAUGAGUCUGAAACACGCACAGAAUAAAGGAGAGCCUCACUUUCCCCACGACUACCCAGACUGCCCUGCAGGAGCACGCUUCCAGGAAGAGCAGGAGGCUGAGCUGCUGGCCAAGUUCAGGAGGCGCCCACCAGCCAAACGGACCAAUUACAUCAAACAUGGCUGCCUGGCUCCGUUCCGUUGUCCCUGGCAACAGCUGGUGGAGGAGUGGCAGCUGAUUGUGAAGGAGGGAGGAGGAGAGGAGGGUGUCGCAACAAUGGAACAGGAAGUGACAACACCCCAGAGGAACUUCACAGUCUUGAGGAACAGGAAGUCUCUAAGGCAACUGUCCGCUUGGUGUCGCCCCACAUCCUCUAAAUGUCAGAGGGCACGUAACCUGGGAUCAACACCUCCACUCAACCGUAACGUCGCAGCGGCUCUCCUCUCGGCACACGGCGGCAGCAGCCUGGUGUGGACCCGUCUCUCCCUCGUCACCAAGGGCCAACCGGAGCAGCACGCCCUGGUGUGUGUCCCCACCGCAGAGGACCUCCAGCUGGUACGUAAGGAGCCGGGCUGCACCGGCCCCCAGGAGCCUCUCCACACUGACCACUUCAAGAGCCGCGUCAAACGGCCACGCAAGAAGGACCACAACAAACCUGGAACCUCUUCCUCGGCCAAGCCUGAAAACAAGCAGUCUGACCCUGCCUCUACCUCAGUCCCUAGUGUCAAGCCUGGUGCUGAUCCUAGCUCCUCAUCCAGUCUCACCAACCCCUCUUCCUCCUCUACCUCAGUCCCUAGUGUCAAGCCUGGUGCUGAUCCUAGCUCCUCGUCUAGCCUCACCAACCCCUCUUCCUCCUGUACCUCAGGCCUGACUCUGGGUCUCUGGCCGGAGCCCCUGCCCAGCGUCACCUCCCACUGCUCCAGGGUGACUCUGGGCUGGGUGACCCAGGGGGACUUCUCCCUGUCGGCUGGCUGUGGAGAGGCUCUCGGGCUCCUCAGCGUUACCGGUCUCCUACACACCCUACUCCGACAGCCUGACAGCCAGAGAGGACUGGUGCUGCUACGGAACCCCGGGUCACUGCAGUACCGCUUCGCUAAGAUCAACAUAGAGGUCUGAGGAGUACUGCAGGGUUCAAUCCCCACAUCGCAACAGGACCGCUUCGCUAAGAUCAACAUAGAGGUCUGAGGAGUACUGCGGGUUCAAGACCACUUCGCUUAGACCCAGCUAUGUAAAGCCACAGACUGUGUUCUGAGAAAAACACUGUGCCUUGUCCCUUCACCUCACCAGACAAGAACUGCAUGGCAUGCACACACACACACACACACACACACACACACACACACACACACACACACACACACACACACACACAUAUAUGGAAUGCCACAUUGUUUAAGUGGAAGAACUUUUGCUUGAUAAUAAUUCCCUAUAAAGGUUUUCUGGGAGUUUUUCAUUUGAGUUGAAAUCACAGUUAUUUUUCAGUUCAAUAUUGUUUUCACCGAAGGGACUGCCUUCAGAUUGUCACUGGGUUUGUACUGGCUCUGUGGAGAAGACAUCAGUCAUUCUGUACUGGCUCUGUGGAGAAGACAUCAGUCAUUCUGUACUGGCUCUGUGGAGAAGACAUCAGUCAUUCUGUACUGGCUCUGUAGAGAAGACAUCAGUCAUUCUGUACUGGCUCUGUAGAGAAGACAUCAGUCAUUCUGUACUGGCUCUGUAGAGAAGACAUCAGUCAUUCUGUACUGGCUCUGUAGAGAAGACAUCAGUCAUUCUGUACUGGCUCUGUGGAGAAGACAUCAGUCAUUCUGUACUGGCUCUGUGGAGAAGACAUCAGUCAUUCUGUACUGGCUCUGUAGAGAAGACAUCAGUCAUUCUGUACUGGCUCUGUAGAGAAGACAUCAGUCAUUCUGUACUGGCUCUGUAGAGAAGACAUCAGUCAUUCUGUACUGGCUCUGUAGAGAAGACAUCAGUCAUUCUGUACUGGCUCUGUAGAGAAGACAUCAGUCAUUCUGUACUGGCUCUGUGGAGAAGACAUCAGUCAUUCUGUACUGGCUCUGUAGAGAAGACAUCAGUCAUUCUGUACUGGCUCUGUAGAGAAGACAUCAGUCAUUCUGUACUGGCUCUGUAGAGAAGACAUCAGUCAUUCUGUACUGGCUCUGUAGAGAAGACAUCAGUCAUUCUGUACUGGCUCUGUAGAGAAGACAUCAGUCAUUCUGUACUGGCUCUGUGGAGAAGACAUCAGUCAUUCUGUACUGGCUCUGUAGAGAAGACAUCAGUCAUUCUGUACUGGCUCUGUAGAGAAGACAUCAGUCAUUCUGUACUGGCUCUGUAGAGAAGACAUCAGUCAUUCUGUACUGGCUCUGUAGAGAAGACAUCAGUCAUUCUGUACUGGCUCUGUAGAGAAGACAUCAGUCAUUCUGUACUGGCUCUGUAGAGAAGACAUCAGUCAUUCUGUACUGGCUCUGUAGAGAAGACAUCAGUCAUUCUGUACUGGCUCUGUAGAGAAGACAUCAGUCAUUCUGUACUGGCUCUGUAGAGAAGACAUCAGUCAUUCUGUACUGGCUCUGUGGAGAAGACAUCAGUCAUUCUGUACUGGCUCUGUGGAGAAGACAUCAGUCAUUCUGUACUGGCUCUGUGGAGAAGACAUCAGUCAUUCUGUACUGGCUCUGUAGAGAAGACAUCAGUCAUUCUGUACUGGCUCUGUGGAGAAGACAUCAGUCAUUCUGUACUGGCUCUGUAGAGAAGACAUCAGUCAUUCUGUACUGGCUCUGUGGAGAAGACAUCAGUCAUUCUGUACUGGCUCUGUAGAGAAGACAUCAGUCAUUCUGUACUGGCUCUGUAGAGAAGACAUCAGUCAUUCUGUACUGGCUCUGUAGAGAAGACAUCAGUCAUUCUGUACUGGCUCUGUAGAGAAGACAUCAGUCAUUCUGUACUGGCUCUGUAGAGAAGACAUCAGUCAUUCUGUACUGGCUCUGUAGAGAAGACAUCAGUCAUUCUGUACUGGCUCUGUAGAGAAGACAUCAGUCAUUCUGUACUGGCUCUGUAGAGAAGACAUCAGUCAUUCUGUACUGGCUCUGUAGAGAAGACAUCAGUCAUUCUGUACUGGCUCUGUAGAGAAGACAUCAGUCAUUCUGUACUGGCUCUGUAGAGAAGACAUCAGUCAUUCUGUACUGGCUCUGUGGAGAAGACAUCAGUCAUUCUGUACUGGCUCUGUGGAGAAGACAUCAGUCAUUCUGUACUGGCUCUGUGGAGAAGACAUCAGUCAUUCUGUACUGGCUCUGUAGAGAAGACAUCAGUCAUUCUGUACUGGCUCUGUGGAGAAGACAUCAGUCAUUCUGUACUGGCUCUGUGGAGAAGACAUCAGUCAUUCUGUACUGGCUCUGUGGAGAAGACAUCAGUCAUUCUGUACUGGCUCUGUGGAGAAGACAUCAGUCAUUCUGUACUGGCUCUGUAGAGAAGACAUCAGUCAUUCUGUACUGGCUCUGUAGAGAAGACAUCAGUCAUUCUGUACUGGCUCUGUAGAGAAGACAUCAGUCAUUCUGUACUGGCUCUGUGGAGAAGACAUCAGUCAUUCUGUACUGGCUCUGUAGAGAAGACAUCAGUCAUUCUGUACUGGCUCUGUAGAGAAGACAUCAGUCAUUCUGUACUGGCUCUGUAGAGAAGACAUCAGUCAUUCUGUACUGGCUCUGUAGAGAAGACAUCAGUCAUUCUGUACUGGCUCUGUAGAGAAGACAUCAGUCAUUCUGUACUGGCUCUGUGGAGAAGACAUCAGUCAUUCUGUACUGGCUCUGUAGAGAAGACAUCAGUCAUUCUGUACUGGCUCUGUAGAGAAGACAUCAGUCAUUCUGUACUGGCUCUGUGGAGAAGACAUCAGUCAUUCUGUACUGGCUCUGUAGAGAAGACAUCAGUCAUUCUGUACUGGCUCUAUAGAGAAGACAUCAGUCAUUCUGUACUGGCUCUGUAGAGAAGACAUCAGUCAUUCUGUACUGGCUCUGUAGAGAAGACAUCAGUCAUUCUGUACUGGCUCUGUGGAGAAGACAUCAGUCAUUCUGUACUGGCUCUGUGGAGAAGACAUCAGUCAUUCUGUACUGGCUCUGUGGAGAAGACAUCAGUCAUUCUGUACUGGCUCUGUGGAGAAGACAUCAGUCAUUCUGUACUGGCUCUGUAGAGAAGACAUCAGUCAUUCUGUACUGGCUCUGUAGAGAAGACAUCAGUCAUUCUGUACUGGCUCUGUAGAGAAGACAUCAGUCAUUCUGUACUGGCUCUGUGGAGAAGACAUCAGUCAUUCUGUACUGGCUCUGUAGAGAAGACAUCAGUCAUUCUGUACUGGCUCUGUAGAGAAGACAUCAGUCAUUCUGUACUGGCUCUGUAGAGAAGACAUCAGUCAUUCUGUACUGGCUCUGUGGAGAAGACAUCAGUCAUUCUGUACUGGCUCUGUAGAGAAGACAUCAGUCAUUCUGUACUGGCUCUGUAGAGAAGACAUCAGUCAUUCUGUACUGGCUCUGUAGAGAAGACAUCAGUCAUUCUGUACUGGCUCUGUAGAGAAGACAUCAGUCAUUCUGUACUGGCUCUGUGGAGAAGACAUCAGUCAUUCUGUACUGGCUCUGUAGAGAAGACAUCAGUCAUUCUGUACUGGCUCUGUAGAGAAGACAUCAGUCAUUCUGUACUGGCUCUGUAGAGAAGACAUCAGUCAUUCUGUACUGGCUCUGUAGAGAAGACAUCAGUCAUUCUGUACUGGCUCUGUAGAGAAGACAUCAGUCAUUCUGUACUGGCUCUGUGGAGAAGACAUCAGUCAUUCUGUACUGGCUCUGUAGAGAAGACAUCAGUCAUUCUGUACUGGCUCUGUAGAGAAGACAUCAGUCAUUCUGUACUGGCUCUGUGGAGAAGACAUCAGUCAUUCUGUACUGGCUCUGUAGAGAAGACAUCAGUCAUUCUGUACUGGCUCUGUAGAGAAGACAUCAGUCAUUCUGUACUGGCUCUGUAGAGAAGACAUCAGUCAUUCUGUACUGGCUCUGUGGAGAAGACAUCAGUCAUUCUGUACUGGCUCUGUAGAGAAGACAUCAGUCAUUCUGUACUGGCUCUGUAGAGAAGACAUCAGUCAUUCUGUACUGGCUCUGUAGAGAAGACAUCAGUCAUUCUGUACUGGCUCUGUAGAGAAGACAUCAGUCAUUCUGUACUGGCUCUGUAGAGAAGACAUCAGUCAUUCUGUACUGGCUCUGUGGAGAAGACAUCAGUCAUUCUGUACUGGCUCUGUAGAGAAGACAUCAGUCAUUCUGUACUGGCUCUGUGGAGAAGACAUCAGUCAUUCUGUACUGGCUCUGUGGAGAAGACAUCAGUCAUUCUGUACUGGCUCUGUAGAGAAGACAUCAGUCAUUCUGUACUGGCUCUAUAGAGAAGACAUCAGUCAUUCUGUACUGGCUCUGUAGAGAAGACAUCAGUCAUUCUGUACUGGCUCUGUAGAGAAGACAUCAGUCAUUCUGUACUGGCUCUGUGGAGAAGACAUCAGUCAUUCUGUACUGGCUCUGUGGAGAAGACAUCAGUCAUUCUGUACUGGCUCUGUGGAGAAGACAUCAGUCAUUCUGUACUGGCUCUGUGGAGAAGACAUCAGUCAUUCUGUACUGGCUCUGUAGAGAAGACAUCAGUCAUUCUGUACUGGCUCUGUGGAGAAGACAUCAGUCAUUCUGUACUGGCUCUGUAGAGAAGACAUCAGUCAUUCUGUACUGGCUCUGUGGAGAAGACAUCAGUCAUUCUGUACUGGCUCUGUGGAGAAGACAUCAGUCAUUCUUUGGUUUGCCUCGAUUCACAUUUUCGAUUUUUGUGUGGAUUUGAGAGCUCUAGUUGAAAUGGUUGACAAUAAAAUCCCUCUACUCCAA